AUGUCGGAUGCAGCUCGCUGGAAAGCAACCGUCUACGUCGGUGGUCUGGCACCACAAGUGACCAACGCCAAUGUGGUUGACGCCUUCAUUCCGUUUGGAGAGAUCGUCGAGGUGAAACUGCCGAAGCCAGAUGCCUCCAAUACAGGACAAACCCAUAAAGGCUUCGCCUACGUCGAGUUUGAGGACAGUUCGGAUGCUAAAGAGGCUAUCGACAACAUGGACCAAGCAGAGUUCUUUGGCCGAACAUUGAAGGUCUCCCUAGCCAAAGCACCCAAGAGUGCUCAAGAAGGCCUAGGCAGCAAGACCGCCAUUUGGGACCAGGAGGGCUGGUUGGCAGAGAACGCCGCAGGUGAAGCAGACCUACAAGCUCCAUCUGGCCCAGAUCCCAUGCAAGGCUUAGAGGAUUUGGACGUUGCUGGCCCAAAGCAGCAAUAG